AUGAAUAAUAAUAAUUAUAAUAGUAUUAAUGGUAAUAAUAAUAAUGUUAAUAAAAACUCAAAUACCAACAACAAUAUUAAUAAUAUAGCAAACAAUAGUAAUAAUGCAGUACAUCAUAACAAUAACAAUAAUAAUAAUAAUAAUAAUAACAGUAUAGCCAAACCAUUUUAUAAUAAUCAUUUUUAUUUAAAUGAAAAUAAUGAAAAUAUAUACCCAACCAAACAAAAAUGUUAUUUUAAAUUAUUUAUUUCAGAUAUUUAUAGAUUAAAGUAUGUUACAACAUCCAAAAGAUUUUUAUUUCAACAAAGAAUACCCACGAAAUAUAUAGAGAUAUUUGGACAUAUUGUAUCUUUUCAAAAGAAAAAAAAAUUUGGUUUAAUGACAAUAGAGAUGACUUUGGAUGAUGGGACAGGGUCUGUAGAAUGCGAAUAUUUUUUAAUAGAUACACCAGACCCAAAGUUCUCAACCAAUCAAAACCCAAUUAGAAAGUUGACUUAUUUUUUUUAA